AUGACACUGGCAAUCUGUUUUUUAAUUUCUUGCUUUUUGCAGUACUUCACAGGCUUAGAGUGUGGUCACAAAUUCUGUAUGCAGUGCUGGAAUGAAUACUUAACUACAAAGAUCAUAGAAGAAGGUAUGGGACAGACUAUAUCAUGCCCAGCUCAUGGCUGUGAUAUCCUGGUUGAUGACAACACAGUUAUGCGUUUGAUCACAGAUUCCAAAGUCAAGUUGAAGUACCAGCAUUUAAUAACCAACAGUUUUGUAGAGUGCAAUCGACUGUUAAAAUGGUGCCCUGCUCCUGACUGUCACCAUGUUAUUAAAGUCCAGUAUCCUGAUGCAAAACCAGUUCGCUGUAAGUGUGGGCGGCAGUUCUGCUUCAACUGUGCUGAGAAUUGGCAUGAUCCUGUUAAAUGCAAGUGGUUGAAGAAGUGGAUUAAGAAGUGUGAUGAUGACAGUGAAACUUCCAAUUGGAUUGCAGCAAACACUAAGGAAUGUCCGAAAUGCCAUGUGACCAUUGAAAAGGAUGGUGGGUGCAAUCACAUGGUUUGUCGCAAUCAGAAUUGUAAAGCGGAAUUCUGUUGGGUCUGCCUUGGACCCUGGGAGCCACAUGGAUCUGCCUGGUAUAACUGCAACCGUUACAACGAAGAUGACGCAAAGGCUGCCAGGGAUGCCCAGGAGCGUUCUCGAGCGGCACUCCAGCGGUACCUAUUCUACUGCAACCGUUACAUGAACCACAUGCAGAGCCUGCGGUUUGAGCACAAGCUGUACGCUCAGGUCAAGCAGAAGAUGGAGGAAAUGCAGCAACACAAUAUGUCUUGGAUUGAGGUGCAGUUCCUGAAGAAAGCUGUGGAUGUGCUCUGUCAGUGUCGCGCCACGUUAAUGUACACAUACGUCUUUGCUUUCUACCUCAGAAAGAACAACCAGUCCAUUAUCUUUGAGAACAAUCAGGCAGAUCUGGAGAAUGCAACAGAAGUGCUGUCUGGCUAUCUGGAGAGGGACAUAUCCCAGGAUUCCCUGCAGGACAUCAAACAGAAAGUACAAGACAAGUACAGAUACUGUGAGAGCCGGAGGAAGGUGUUGCUACAGCAUGUGCACGAAGGCUAUGAGAAAGACCUUUGGGAGUAUAUCGAGGACUGAGGCUCAGCUUACAAUGAACUGUCAACCCGUUAGCAACAGAGUGCUGAUGCAAAUAAAGUGGGCGGCACAGGCCCUUGCAGACA